GACACCGCGAGGCGCGGGGACGGGGACGUGGCAGCGCCUGGCGCUCCAGAAAGUUCCUUGGAAGCUCCGCUUGACGCGGUGCGGGAAGCGGCGGGCGGAACCAUGAACGUGUUCCGAAUCCUCGGGGACCUGAGCCACCUCCUAGCCAUGUUCUUGCUCCUGGUCAAGAUCUGGAGGUCCAAGAGCUGCGCCGGCAUUUCUGGGAAGAGCCAGAUUCUUUUCGCUUUGGUCUUCACCACCAGAUACCUGGACCUUUUCUCCAAUUUUAUCUCCAUCUACAACACAGUGAUGAAGGUUGUUUUCCUCCUCUGUGUUUAUGUCACUGUGUACAUGAUCUAUUGGAAGUUCCGGAAAACAUUUGAUAUUGAGAAUGACACAUUCCGGCUUGAGUUCCUCUUGGUCCCAGUGAUCGGCCUUUCCUUUCUGGUGAACUACAGUUAUGCACCAAUGGAGGUACUCUGGACCUUCUCCAUCUAUUUGGAGUCAGUGGCCAUCCUGCCACAGCUCUUCAUGAUCAGCAAGACUGGAGAGGCUGAGACCAUCACCACUCACUACCUGUUUUUUCUGGGACUGUAUCGGGCCCUCUAUCUAGCUAACUGGAUCUGGCGGUACCAGACAGAGAAUUUCUAUGAUCAGAUCUCAGUGGUAUCUGGAGUAGUACAAACCAUCUUUUACUGUGACUUCUUCUACUUGUAUGUGACCAAAGUCCUUAAAGGAAAGAAGUUAAGCCUACCAAUGCCAGUCUAAAGAGACGGGCCACGCUGUAAAGCAACCAGAGCAAAUAAUUUCUCCUUGGUGACUUAAUGUUAAAUGAUUGGUGUGAAUUUUACCAAAGCACUGGCAGAACAUCCUAUCUCAACAUCAACAGUUGGACCUCCCUUACAUCCCACCAUGGAUGCAAUGGAUACUUGAUCAAGCCACCCAAGUGUGGGGCCUUACAAUGGCAAGUGAAAACAAGGAGCAGUAGAUACCUCCUCCACAACCAACCAUUGCUCUUUUGACUACAGUGGAGGAAGGCUCAUGCCAAGGAAUGGGCAAGAUCCAUUUACAAAGACCCUUCUUAGGUCAGAGUGGUACUGAAGAUGCUGGGGGCAACAUGUGUCGUUACACUACAUCUAAGGUGCAAGCAAUCCAAGUCACCAGCUCUGCCAAAUACUUAGCACUCACUUCAGUUUCCAGCCUAUGUGGACACCAUGGCCAUCUAACUGUUGACUCAGAUUCUUGUGCCAAGAGCCAUCAUUAGUCCCACCCUCCCCUCCCAGUUUGAGGUGCUAACUAGGGUGAUUAGUCACUCAACCUCCCAAUAUUUGUUUGAAGCAAAAUGUUAAAAUUACACUCAAUGUAAUAAAAAAUUCACACCUUUA